AUGAUGGCAAGAAAGGAUGAUAAAAAUGAAGAUGAUGAAUGGGAACUUCAUCCAUUGUUUCUAUCAAAAAUUCCAAACAAAAAGGACAUAGAUAAAAACGAAGCCCUUUCAGCUUUAAUAACUUUGAUUAAUGAAGAAGAGGAAAAAGAAGUGUUUAGCUAUGAACCAAGAAGAAAAAAUUUAAAAAAAAAAAUAACAGAAAAAGGCAAUAUUAUUUAUAAAAAAGAUAGGAGAAAUUUUUAUGAACCCUAUCAUCAGAAUAAAAAGGAUAAUAUAAACUAUUUUGAAAAAUAUACCCUCAAUAAAAACGCAGAUCUUCAAAAAGAAAACGAGGACGAUUGUGGGGGCCAAGACGGUGAUAAUAUUAUGAAUGUUGCAGAACAGGGAGAAGAAGGAGACAUUUUAAGUCAAAAGAUGAAUAACGAAAAGCAAACCUCAGAUGAAACCUCCAUAGGAGAAGUACUGGUUUGCCUAUCGAUGAUAAAUUUGAAACAGUAG